GGGCGGAAAUUGAAGGAAAAGAGAGGCCGAAAAAAAUCGCAACGCUUCGCCAUUGGUGUACAAGCUAAAAGACACCAUCAAAUAUGUUGAAAGAGUUGGUGAAGGAGCGACUCAUGGCGGCAGCUGAUGAAAUAUUCGGCCUGUUUGAAAGAACGAUCGCGUCGUACGAGGAGGAACUUUGUCGAACGAAGGAGGAGAAUGAGCGACAACGACAGCAAAUGGAAGCCGUUAGCAAGACUCACAUUGUGCUACACAUUGAAGACGUCCAGCAGCUGUCUGGUCGUCAAGAAGAACGUCGGAGCUUCACAUUGAAGGAGGAGGAGGAUCCCCAGCCCCCCCACGUUAAAGAGGAAGAGCAGGAACUUGGGAUCACUCAAGAGGGAGAGUUUCUUCUAGGGCCAGAUGAGGCUGAUCUUGCCAAGGUGCCACCGACUGGUGUCUCUGUGAAGACUGAAGACAGUGAAGUCAAACCACCCGAGGGCUCACAGCUUCACCAACGUCCAAGUCCUAGCAGCAGCUCACCACAACACAACACAGAAGCUGAUGGAGAACACCGUGGAGGAUCACGAGUAGACCGCGACGACGCAACGUCACACUCUGCCGAGGAUAAAUACAGAGGCGACACCCAAGAACCUUUGUGCAGCGAUACGCACCGUGAAGGUGACACGAGGACCCACACUGAAAACAAACACUCUGAAUCCUCUCAGAAGACGACAGGUAGAAAAGGGACAGAUUUUGCGAUACACUUGAGAACACACACAGGAGAAAAACAAAAACCCUUUACUUGUUCGCUUUGUGGUAAAAUAUUCUCCCAUAAGUCAAACAUGUUCCGACACAUCAAAGCGCACAAUGAAGCACAACCUUCUAGUUGUUCACUUUGUGGUAAAAUAUUCUCGACCAAGUCCAAUAUGCUAAAGCACAAGAAAAGACACACAGGAGAAAAACCAUAUUCCUGUUCUCUUUGUGCUAAAACCUUUACUCAGCGCAACUAUUUGACAGACCACAUACGCAUACACACCGGAGAAAAACCUUUCAGUUGUUCAGUCUGCAGUCGAAGAUUCUCUCAAAAGUCCAGCAUGACGUCGCACAUGAGAACGCACACGGGAGAAAAACCUUUUUGUUGUUCAGUGUGCGGCAAAAGAUUCUCUCAAAAGUCCAGCAUGACGUCGCACAUGAGAACGCACACGGGAGAAAAACCGUACUGCUGCUCAUUAUGCGCUAAAACGUUCACUCGCCACGACAAUUUGACGACACACAUGCGGACGCACAAUUGUGAAUAAACGUCUCCUGUCCGGUUGGUGCUGAAAGCUUGUCAAGCCGUAGAAGUGUAAUGUUAGAUGUCAGAAGUCACGUAGGAAACGAUGAUGUGCUGUGUGUACGAUACCACACUCCCUCUCCCUCGUGACUUCCAAGAUAGUGUGCCGCUAAGAAGAGCAAAGAUAUUAAUCCAGUCCAUCCUACUAUUAUUGUUACGUCAACGAUAAUGAAACUAUGUUUGUGUUGUGACAAUUUUUUUAUUAGUCUGGAGUAAAACUGGAGCAGCAAAACAGCCCCAGACCAGGUCAGUGUUCAUGACUCUUCCAGCGAUGACUCAUCCCAGAGGUCACAAAAGACCCCACAACAACAUCCAAAGAACAGCAGGCUUCACUUGCCUCAGUUAAG